AUGGUUUGGCUCGCAUAUGAUAACAAAGAUGCAAGACAUGUAGCACUCAAGAUCUUCGCUGCCCGGACACAUGUGAAGGAAUACGAGAGACUCAUAGAUUUAUACGCAAUGUUCAACGAGAAGAACACCCAAGGGCAAGCUGAUCAUAUUGCGAGGCUUUUACAUCACUUUGAGCACUCCGUCGGACCGAGCGGCACUCAUUUCUGUGUUGUGUCUGAGGUACUUGGACCAGAUCUCUACAGCCUACUCAGGUCACGAAAGUGGCAAAACCUUCCGGAAGAAUCAAUUAAAACAGUCGCUCGGCAAUUACUUCAAACUCUUGAUUUUCUGCACACAGACUGUCGCGUAGUCCAUGCUAAUCUCAAGGCAACAAACAUCCUUCUUUCCAUCAAAGCAAUUGAUGAGGAUAUUGAAUCUGAGCUUGCGCAGAACCCGACGGAAUUAUACUAUCUCCCUGAAUCGGAAUCCCAUUCCUCCAUCACGGAUGCACACCUUCCACGAUACAUUGUCCGAAGCCACCGGCCUUCUUUUGGUACUCACUCUGUGGACAUUGAAGCUCUUCAAAUCAAACUCAUAGAUUUCACAUGCACCCAGAAGCUGGACACGACGUCCCAGGUACCGACAAUAGAGCCCACGGGCCUCUGGGCACCUGAGGUUAUUGUUGGGUAUCGCUGGACUGAGGCCGCAGAGAUCUGGACCGCUGCGCUGGUCAUCUACACUGCCUGGAUGGGAACAGAGGUUAUCGACGCGUCUGCGGGGGCAAAAAGAAGCCCUCGCUUCAGCGGCGAGCUUGGUGCAAAUGAUUAUCCUCCUGGGUGA